AUGAGAUUAUUGGAUGAUAGUUUUGAAGUGCAUAAUUUGAACAAGAAAAUUGUGAUGGGUGACAAUGAUUAUGUUCUUGAAGACGUUCCUCAUUUGUCUAAUUAUAUUCCUAGUCUUCCUACGUAUCCUAAUCCAUUGAAGAACAAUCCUUCCUAUUCAGUCGUCAAUCAGUAUUUUGUCGAUAAAGAUGAUACAGUUGCUCGAAACAUUGUUGUCCGCAAGAAUAGUUCAAGAGGGAUACAUUUUCAUCGAGCUGGUCCUUCCCAAAACGUUUAUUUUAAGCCGGAUGAUGUUAAUGCAUGUAUUGUAACAUGUGGAGGUUUAUGUCCUGGUCUCAAUACAGUUAUCAGGGAAUUAGUAUGUGGCCUAUACUCUAUGUAUGGUGUAACAAGAGUGAUGGGGAUAGAUGGAGGAUAUCGAGGUUUCUAUUCCAAAAACACAAUUCCUUUGACACCUAAGGUUGUGAAUGAUAUCCAUAAACGUGGUGGAACGAUUCUUGGGUCAUCUCGAGGAGGUCAUGUUACGAAGAAAAUAGUUGAUAGCAUUCAGGACCGGGGUAUCAAUCAGGUUUAUAUAAUUGGAGGAGAUGGAACACAGAAAGGAGCAUCGGUGUUAUUUGAGGAAAUUACAAGGCGUGGUCUGAAUGUUGCAGUUGUUGGAAUCCCCAAGACAAUCGAUAAUGAUAUACCAGUUAUUGACAAGUCUUUUGGAGAUGGAACUGGCUUAGCUCAUAGGUUUGAAGCAAAUUGUUUUGCUGUGCCAAUUUUUGUUAUUAUUGUAUUUGACUUUAUUUCUUGUAUGUUACCCACAUUUUCUUGUAUAAAGAUGUCUGCUGAUUACUUUCGUGUUGCAUAUACUGUUAAAGAAAUUCAAUAG